AUUUUCGAUUACUAUUUCCGGUAAAUUACCGGUUCCGGUCAGAUUCCUGAAUAUUCUAUACUAUUUUUGUACUCUAAAUAAAAUCUGAGAAAAUCUCUCUUGAUUUCCAACGUAUAUUUUAUCAUACAUAGUAUUCGGAGAAACACUUAUUUAUUGAGCCAUGGGAGAAACAAAAGUCGCCAAAGCCUCAGGUAGCAGCUCUGAGUACAAGGAUAAGGACAAGCCCACAGCAAUCCGAUUCAGCAAUAUAACUGCUGGAAAAGCUGUGGCUGAUGCCGUUCGUACAAGCUUGGGACCCAGAGGAAUGGAUAAGAUGAUCCAAGCUGGUAACGGUGAAGUCACAAUUACAAAUGAUGGCGCCACAAUCCUAAAACAAAUGGAAGUUCUUCAUCCGGCUGCUAAAAUGCUUGUAGAAUUGUCUAAAGCUCAAGAUAUUGAAGCCGGAGAUGGCACAACUACCGUUGUUGUUAUUGCUGGCAGUUUAUUGGAGGCUGCACAAAAGUUGUUGUUGAAAGGCAUACAUCCAACUGCUAUCUCUGAAAGUUACCAAAAAGCUGCCAGAAAAUGCAGUGAAAUCUUGGAAAGUAUGUCGACUCCAGUUGAUUUGAAAGAUAAGAAUUCUUUAUGUCAAAGUGCGUCGACGUCUCUUUGUUCUAAAGUUGUCUCCCAAUAUUCAAAUGUCCUGGGCCCCCUCUGCGUUGAAGCUGUUAUGAGUGUAUAUGAUCCCAUUGAUAACAGCGUUGACAUGAAAGAUAUCAAGAUGAUAAAGAAAUUAGGAAGUACAAUCGAAGAUUGCGAAAUGAUAGAUGGCUUGGUGCUCGAUUGCCGGUCAGGUUCCGGAGGCCCUAGUAAGAUAGAAAAGGCUAAGAUUGGUUUAAUUCAAUUCUGUAUUUCUCCUCCAAAAACUGACAUGGAAAAUCAAGUUGUAGUAUCCGAUUAUACGCAAAUGGACCGCGUCUUGCAAGAAGAAAGAGCCUAUAUAUUAAACAUUGUAAAAGCCAUAAAGAAAGCUGGUUGUAACGUUCUUCUAGUACAAAAGUCAAUUCUACGAGAUGCUUUGUCUGAUUUGGCUUUACAUUUCCUCGCCAAAAUGAAAAUUAUGGUCGUUAAGGAUGUAGAACGCGAAGAUAUUGAGUUUAUAUGCAAAACGCUAAGUUGCAAACCCAUCGCAAGUUUGGAUCAUUUUACCUCGGACAUGUUAGCUUCGGCCGAUUUGGUAGAAGAAGUACCCACCGGAACAAGCAAAGUAAUUAAAGUCACUGGUAUUGCCAAGAAAGGACGCACCGUCAGUGUUAUUGUAAGAGGAUCUAACAAAUUGGUAUUGGAAGAAGCUGAAAGAUCAAUUCAUGACGCAUUAUGCGUUAUAAGGUGUUUGGUAAAAAAGAGAGCCGUGAUUGCAGGAGGUGGAGCACCGGAAAUGGAAAUGGCUUUGAAGCUGUCGCAAUUUGCUAAUACAUUGACAGGAAUGGAACAGUAUUGUUUCAGAGCCUUCGCUGACGCUCUUGAAAUUAUUCCAUUCACUUUAGCCGAAAAUGCAGGUUUAAAUCCUAUAGCUACAGUUACAGAAUUAAGAAAUAGACAUGCUAACAACGAGAAAACGGCUGGUAUAAAUGUUAGAAAAGGAGCUAUUACGAAUAUUUUGGAAGAGAAUGUUCUGCAACCAUUGCUCGUCUCUACUUCGGCAGUUCAACUGGCUGCUGAAACUGUUCGCAGCAUCAUGAAGAUAGACGAUAUAUGUUUGGUGUGGGAAAUUGGGAAAAAAGAAAAACCCCUAGAAGUGAACGAGGGGCGUAUUUGCGCCGCCCCCCCCAUCAGACCAAAGCGCGUACUCGCAGAAGGACGCGUGACGUCACACGCAGAGGAAGACAAGACUGGAGAAAUGGCGUGCCGCUAA